GUCUCUUCAUUCUCAUCUGCAUCUGCCUGUGUGUCAGUCAUGGACAGCACUAAAGUGACUCUGACAGUGAGAGGGAGCACAACACUUGGUGAGGUGAUCGCAGUGGUUGGCAGUUGUGAAACCCUGGGCAGCUGGUGUCAGCAAAAAGCCGUGACCCUGCAGCCGGCAGAGGAGGAUGGCGGCUUAUGGAGAACAACCAUUCACGUUCCCAGAGGGGCUGAAACCAAAUAUCGCUAUUUCAAAGCAUUCAUUUUGGAGUCUAAGAAUGCUGGUGGUCCAUGUCAAGUCAUAGUCAAUAGAUGGGAGACCCAUCAGCUGCCACGAUCAUUGAGUCCCUCAGAACCAGAGCUUGUGGUUGACGACGGGCAUUUUGGAGUCCAUGAUGGUGCUGAGUGUGUGGACUCUGGCUGGUUGACGUGCCAAACAGAAAUUCGUCUCAGGCUUCAUUACUCAGUGAAACCUCCAGUAUCUAUUACUAAGAAAAAAUUCAAGACCUCACGCUUCAGAUUAAAGUUGAUGCUGGAAGGUGUUGAGGAGGAGGAGGAGGAGGAAGAAGAGGAAAGCCCUUCAUCAUGGCACAAGAUGACCACCACGCUAGAGAUCAGUAUGAUCAGUGAUGACGGAUACAAGUCUCGUCAUUCGCAGCCAGAAUGUGGAUACGCACUGGAACCCUCACGAUGGACAGAAUACACCAUUCACACAAUGGACCCCGAUAACCUAGAGCUCACCUUUGAGUUUUUUGAGGAGGACCUGAGUGAGACUGUGGUUCAAGGUGACGCCCAUCCAGGCCACGGGGGCACAGCAUGUCUUUUAUCAUCCUCUUUUGUGGAAAGUGGCAAAGAUUUAGGUGUGGUCACCCUGCCCAUUAUGAGCCGAAACUCCAGACAGACUCUUGGGAAAGUCAGAGUGGAUUACUUGGUGACGCGUCCCAUACAAGGCCUUCAGUGUGACAUGAGUCGGUCUUUCACCAAGUACUGGAGGAAGAGGAGCCCUUUGGAUGUUGGUCAUCGAGGAGCAGGAAGCACACACGCUGCCAAGCAUCACAAGAUCAGGGAAAACACAAUUGCCUCAUUUCUAAGUGCUGCCAACCAUGGAGCCGCUUACGUAGAGUUUGAUGUUCAUCUGUCUAAAGAUUUAGUUCCAGUCGUCUACCACGAUCUCACUUGCUGCAUUUCGACUAAAAAGAAAAAUGACAAGACUUCAAUGUUGUUGUUCGAAGUUCCUGUUAAAGAUCUUACAUUUGAUCAACUUCAGCUCUUAAAACUGGCCCAUACCACUGCUUUGGACACUCAUGACCACAAAGACUUGCAGGAUGAGGAGGAAUAUAUAGAUGAGCACCAGCCUUUCCCUUCACUUCCUCAGAUAUUCCAGUCUGUUCCAGAUCACGUGGGAUUCAACAUUGAACUAAAAUGGAUCUCUCAGUUCAAGGAUGGCUCCUGGGAUGCAAACCUCUCCACCUACUUCAACAUGAAUCAGUUCUUGGACAUCAUCCUCACUUGUGUGCUGCAGAAUGCUGGCAACAGGAGGAUCAUCUUCUCAUGCUUUGAUCCUGAUGUUUGCACAAUGGUGAGGCAGAAACAGAACAAAUAUCCGAUCCUGUUUCUGACCCAAGGAGUGACGGAGCUCUAUCCUGAGCUCAUGGACAUCCGCUGUCGGAGCACUAAGAUCGCCAUGAGCUUUGCUCAGAGUGAGAACAUACUGGGGAUCAGCGCUCACACUGAUGAGCUGCUGAAGAACAUGGAGUUCAUCAGAGAGGCUCAGUCCAAAGGUCUUGUGGUUUUCUGCUGGGGCGAUUAUAACAAUGACCACGAGAACAGGAGGAAGCUGAGGGAACACGGCAUUGACGGACUCAUAUAUGACAGAAUCUGUGAAGACAAGCUCGAGCAGUCGAACAUCUUUAAAAUGGAGGAGCAGGGAGGAAGCCUGAAGGAGGUCAUCCAGACGUGUGCCUGCUCCACCUACAGCAUCCCCUGCUCCUCAUUUCCCUGCCCCGGAAGACCCAGCGAGACCAAUGGAGAGUCCGACUCGGGCCUCAGUUCCUCCUGAGAGCCACACACUCAGAGUCUAUAAACUUCCCACAAUGCAUCACAAGUAACGCACAAAUACACUCUGUCAUUAAGCCAAAUGUCGUUUGAGUUGCAGCAUAUAAUCACGUCAGAUGAAUGUUGUAGGGGAAAAGCAUAAAACGCUAUCUUAAAGGGAUAGUUUAUCCAAAAAAAUGAGCAUUUACUCACUUAUACUCUCCCUCAAGUGGUUCUAAACCUUUAAGAGUUUCUUUAUUCUGUUGAACUCAAAAAAAUAGAUAUUUUUAAUAUUGUUUGAAACCUGUAACCAUUGACUUCAAUAGUUGUUGAAAUAAUAUGGAUGUCAAUGGUUACAGGUUUCCGGCUUUUGUAACCAUUGAUUGCAUAGUAGGAAAUACUAUGGAAGUCAAUGGUUACAGCUUUUCAGCAUUCUUCAAAGUAUCUUCUUUCUUGUGUGUAGUAGAGGACAAGAACAAAAUGCUAUCCUUAAAGGGAUAGUUCACCCAAAACAUUAGCUUUUACUCCCUUUUUACUCUCCCUCAAGUUGUUCUAAAUCUUUAUGAGUGUCUUUAUUCUGCUGAACACAAUAUAAGGUAUUCUGAAGAAUGUUAAAAGCCUGUAACCAUUGACUUUUAUUGUAGGAAAUACUAUGGAACUCAGUGGUUACAGGUUUUCAGCAUUCUUCAAAAUACUUUCUUGUGUUGUAGAGGACAAAAAUAAAACAUUAUCUUAAAGGGAUAGUUCAUCCAAAAAACAAACAUUUACUCGGUUUUAACUGUCCCUCAAGUGGUUCUAAACCUUUAUGAGUUUCUUUAUUCUGUUAAACACAAAGAAGAUAUUUUGAAGAAUGUUAAAAACCUGUAACCAUUGACUUUCAUUGUAGGAGAUAAAAAUAAUAUGAAAGUCAAUGGUUACAUGUUUUCAGAAUUCUUCAAAAUAUCGUCUUGUUUGUUCAACAGAAGAAAGAAGAUUUGUAGCAGGUAAAUUGUGAGUAAAUGAUGACCGAAUUUUAAUCUUUGAGCGAACUGUCCCCUUUAAACGUAUUCAAAACAAUAUUUUUGCUUUGUAGACUAUUUGCUGUAUAGCUGGAUGCAGAAAUUGUGUAUAGAAUGGGUAUUUUGCUUGUAUGCAAACAAAUGUAUAAUUUUUAUUAUUCUAGAGCAGCAAGUAUUGAACAUUUAUGCUAUUUAGUAUUCAGAUGUCACGAACAACAGAAAUGCAGGACUUCACUGAAUUGAUUUAUUAUCUAAUGCUUAUUAUUUAAUAGCUCUCACUUUGAGCUAUUGAAGUCUCUUAAAAACAGAUUUCUUUUUUAAAUGACACUCAUUGAGAUGUAUAUUAUUAUAUUGUCACUACUAUAUAAAACCACACAUUCAUUUUAAAGGGAUAGUUGACCAAAAAUGAUUCAUUUCAGUUAAUUUACUCACUCACAGACCAUCAAACAUAUAUAAUUUUAGCUGAAAUCCUUCAUAAAAUGCAACAUUGGGAGUCCAAAUGAAUAGCCAUGGCUUCAGUUUCAUUUCAUAAUACCUCGAUGCAUUAUCAGGAGCAUCUAAUAUUAUUUCAGUAGGCCUGAAUAUGUUUUUUUUGACUCUCAAGAUACCAUUAGCUGUUGGCUUGUAUUGUAUGAGGAGUUCAAUCUUCUUUAAUGUUCUUGUAUGGCCUGAGAGUGAGUGAAUAAACAUGAAUUGGCAUUUUUGAGUGAGCUGCCCCUUUAAAUGAAACACUGAUGGUCUCAGCAGAACAAAAUGGAGUCUUUUUUUAUCAGCUGUGCAAUUGACUGAACUGUUUGUGUAUAUGUGUGUGUAUAUUCGGAUGGAUGUGCUGCUGGUUUCAGUGUGUGUGAUUCAUCUCGUUUCCUUUCGCAGAGAAUGAAUACACGCGCACACACACACACACACACACACACACACACACACACUGAACAAUGCUCUGAGAGCCAGAAUAAACUAAUUUAAUGCCAA